AUUCUGUAAAUUAACGCAGACGCUGGCGGUUCGUUUGGGUUGUGAGUGGCGCUUCGUAACAGCUCAAGUUGUAAUUGUAAAAUCCGUUAUUUUUGAGCGUGAUCCUUGAAUAAUAAAAUACCGCGCAGCCGUAAUAAUCCAACAAAAGUCACGAAAUGGAGUUGACAAAUGUGAAAGUGGAUGGUGAUCUUCCACAACCACCGAUCAGCAAUGGUUCUUCAGCAAAUAACCCAGCUGAUAAAGAAAAAACACAGCCCAAACUCUUAUAUGCGAUUAACGAAAAUCCGCCAUGGUAUUUGAGCAUAUUCCUGGCGUUGCAGCAUUAUCUGACCAUGAUUGGCGCUAUCGUGUCCAUUCCAUUCAUUUUGACACCUGCUCUGUGUAUGUCGGAUGAGGAUCCCGACCGUGGUGUUAUAAUAUCAACAAUGAUAUUCGUAACAGGCAUCGUUACUCUACUACAGGCCACCUGGGGUGUUCGUUUACCAAUCGUACAAGGCGGUACAAUAUCAUUUUUGGUACCCACCUUAGCGAUUCUCGCAUUGCCACAAUGGAAAUGCCCAUCGGUCGAAGAUAUUGACGCCUUAGAUGAGGAGGAUCGUGUGGAAUUGUGGCAGAUACGUAUGCGUGAGUUAUCGGGUGCGAUCGCUGUAUCGGCCUUAGUGCAGGUUGUGUUGGGUUAUACGGGUCUUGUGGGGAAAAUUUUACGCUUCGUAACGCCACUCACUAUAGUUCCGACUGUCUCGUUGGUCGGCCUAACACUGUUCGAACACGCUGCCGAAACUGCGUCCAAGCAUUGGGGUAUUGCUGUUGGUACCACAGCCAUGCUAACGUUGUUCUCACAGAUAAUGGCGAAUGUAUCCGUACCGUUUCCAGCUUACCGCAAAGGUCAUGGCAUUGAAAUGCGCAACUUUCAACUUUUCCGUAUGUUUCCGGUGCUCAUGACUAUUGCUAUAAUGUGGGGUCUCUGCGGAAUUCUAACCGUAACCAAUGUUUUUGAGGAGGGACACCCCUCACGCACAGAUGUGCGUUUAAAGGUUUUGACCAAUGCCAAAUGGUUCUACGUGCCAUAUCCAUUUCAGUUUGGACUGCCGUCGGUCACAUUGUCUGGCGUAUUAGGUAUGUUGGCGGGCGUUUUAGCGUGUACCGUAGAGUCGCUUAGUUACUAUCCAACGGUUUCUCAAAUGUCAGGUGCACACUCUCCGCCUUUGCAUGCCAUCAAUCGUGGUAUUGGCACUGAGGGUCUGGGUACGGUGCUAGCCGGUAUUUGGGGCGCUGGAAAUGGCACAAACACUUUCGGCGAAAAUGUGGGUGCUAUUGGAGUCACAAAGGUUGGUUCCCGUCGUGUCAUACAGUGGGCCUCUUUAAUAAUGAUCGUGCAAGGUGUAAUUGGCAAAUUUGGCGCUGUAUUCAUAAUGAUACCGGAUUCGGUGGUUGGCGGUAUAUUUUGUGUCAUGUUUGGCAUGAUUAUAGCUUUUGGACUUUCCACAUUGCAAUAUGUAGACCUACGUUCGGCGCGCAACCUCUAUAUUAUUGGCUUAUCCAUUUUCUUUCCCAUGGUCUUAUGUAAGUGGAUGCAGGAACAUCCGGGCGCCAUUAAUACUGGAAAUGAAACGGUAGACUCGACCCUAUCGGUACUGUUGGGUACCACCAUUCUUGUGGGUGGCUUACUGGGCUGUUUCUUGGAUAAUGUUAUUCCUGGUACUGCUGAGGAGCGCGGUCUCAUUGAAUGGGCCAAUGAAAUGCCACUAGGCGAUGCGAAUGUCAAUGAUGGUACCGCUACGGAUUAUGACUUCCCAUGGGGCAUGGCGACUUUGAGAAAGUGGAAGUGGACUUAUUACGUGCCGUUCUUGCCAACAUACAAACUACAGAAAACAAGCUAAAUUUACGUUUUUAUGUUUAUAAUUGUAUUGUAGGUGUAUUAAAAUUAUGUACUUAAUACUUGAGAUGUUCUAUAUGUAUUUUAAAUUAUUACGUAAGUAGAAAAAUCCUUUAGAAAUGUAUCCGAAUACCAGUAGGUGCAAUAAAAUCUACUUUUACUUUCGAAA